AGCGUGGAGGAUGGUCUCAACCAUUGGAGGUCCAAAAAGGUUUGCUGCUGCCCUCUGUGGUUUCUCCUCCUGUCCAUCCUCAUAGUACCACUUUUAAUCCUGGUUUUCACGUUGACUUUUGGUCUUCCCAAUCCUGAGAUGAAACCAGGUGGAGCAGUGAAUGGAACAAACACAAGCCAUGUGGGAGUGUUUGAGGGCCUGAUCAUCGCUUCAAUUGGACUCCCUGCAGCAAGCGCUUUGAGGUUUGUCUUUCAGAUGGUUAAGAACCUCAUCUUCAGCCAGGAUCUGAACAUUAGGAAGGGAAUGGAUAAUGAGCGAGUCAGCAGCCAACUUGGCUUCAUGAACGACGUCAGGAAAGAAAUGUGGUUUCUGUCUCAAUUCAUCCAGUUUAUGGAGGUGUUUGAGAGAAGGAGGAUCCGAGUGGUACUGAAGAUCACCAAUCUCGACCGCUGCUCCCCAAAGAAGAUUGUUGCAGUUUUGGAUGCCAUUAACAUUCUGCUUUCAGAUGAGGAAAGUCCGUAUAUUUCCAUUCUGUCUGUAGAUCCAGAUGUUCUUGUACAGAAAGUGAACUUUGCAGAUGGUUGCUUCAGCAAACAAGACAGAGCUUAUGCAUUGUUGAACAGAAUUGUGACUCUGGCCUUUACAGUCCCACCACUGUGCGAUGACUCAAAGCGCAGUUUAUUUUACAGCCUCACUAGCUAUUCAAAAAUCCCUGAUGACUUAAGCAUGAGCAAAUAUAAGCAAGGAACUGGGGCUCUAAAAGAAAAGUCUUCCUCAGAUGUAUUCUCAGUGGAGUUUGCCAUUGAAACGCAAGAGUCAUAUCCACUGAUGGAUAAAAAUACAGCAGCACUGGAUGUAAAGGGCGAGGAAGUAGAGAAGUUGGUUAGGAGCAUCCUGAACAGCAACGAGAGGAACCUUAACAAGUACAUGUUAGAGGAUGCCACGUCUAUGAGGAGGGUGAUCAACUCCAUUCGAGUGACUGUGAUAAUCAUGAAGGCCUUGCAGAAAGAGCUUCCUAGACCAGAAUACAUCGCUGCAUGGGUGGUCUUAGCUAAUCAGUGGCCCUGCCGCCUCAGCUGGAUACUCCAGUGUGUGGAAGACGCUCAGCAGAGAGCAGACAUUGAACUUGACAAUGUUCCCAAGGCUGACGAUUCAAAAACCUUGUGGAAAGUCUUCCAAAAAUCCAGGGCAGAGCUGUAUGUGAUGAGUGCACAGAUUGAGGACCUCCUCGAGCAGGAUGGAGAUCCUGAAAUGUUUGAAAGAUUUCUCACAGUAGAUUUCAAAUUCACCGUAAAGGACUUGAAGACCUUUGAAGGUUCGACAGUAAACCUGGAUCAUUCAAUCAGGAAGGAGCUGGCUCACAUCAGAGGGACAUCCAGGCUGAAAGAUUCUGGCUGGAUGAGGAACCUAGCCCCUCUGCCAAUCACAACCAUCAUCAACAUGGACACAGAAGAUGUUUGUAAAGAGUUGGAGAGGCUGGACUACCACAGUAAGUAUAAUGAUAUUAUGAGAAGAAAUAACCUCAAUGGUUCAGCCCUGCUCUUUGGUGAUACAGACGACCUCAAAGAGCUCCUACAAAUGACCUUUGGAGAAUGGACAAGAUUCAGACUGCACUUCCUGGGUGUACCAUCACGUCUCCGACAACCGUACAAGAACAUGGCCCCGACAGCUUCUCAUCCUCAGGCCAAUCCAUCAGGAUUUCACUUCCACAUGCCUAAUCAGUACACGUCUAAUCCAAAUCAGGUUAGCGGCAGCAUGUAAGACUCCAAUCCAUAUCCAGUGUCCAUAAAAUUAUGAUGUGCAUGUGUAACACUUAACAAUUUUUACAGUAACAACACGUGUGCAGAGUUCAGGAGUUUAUUUAAAGUCAUUACAUUCACUUUGUUCAGCUACAAGGGCUUGUGUUACUUGAUUAUGUCCCUGUGUCCACCUAAAAUCAAUUCAGACAUCAUGACACAAUUCCAUCUGAUAAAUGAUAAAGACCUGGAGGACAUUAUUCAACAUCUGAAAUCCUCCUCCUGCAGCCUCGAUAUUAUUCCAACAGGAUUUUUCAAAACUGUUUUUCAUUGCAUUGCCUCAGAUCUACUUCACAUAGUAAACAAGUCUCUCCACUCGGGUGUAUUUCGACAGGCCCUGAAAACUGCAGUAAUUAAACCAAUCUUAAAAAAGCAUAAUCUAGACGCAUCCGUAAUGAAUAAUUAUAGGCCAAUAUCAAACCUCCCAUUUGUAGGCAAAAUGAUUGAAAAAGUUGUUUUUCAACAGCCGAGU